AUGCUAGAACUUCUACCAAUUGCCGUCCGUCGUGGGAAGGAGAUGGCCAAGACGCAGGAAAGGCUGUUGGCACAGCAGCGGGAGAAGUUGUCGGAGUUGAUGGGUUGGGUGUCGGAGAACCAAGAGGCGUUUGAGCGCGGGAUGGUAACCAUGAGCCGCAUCGAGGCCCGCCUCGAGGAAUCUGAUAAGCGCGGGCGCGCUGAUGUUGCUGACGCGGUCCAGGAGAUUCGUGUGGAGAGGGCGAAUGCCACGUCGCAAAGGGAGACGGCCGAGCGCACACUUGCACGUGUUGAGGGGACUGUGGUAGAUCUGAAAACCCUUGUCACUUCCGCGAUCAACGAUAUCGCUGAGCGGACGCGCACGGAGGUUUGGCGCAAGCUUGUCGGCCUCGAAGACUCGGUGGCGCGAGCGGCGGAGCGUGGUGCGGGCGCGGGGGCUAUGAUCCUGAGAGCAGUGAUGGCAAACAUCGGGGGUAACGCUGGAUCGUGGGGCGACCCCGUGCAUUCCGCGGAUCGGGAUCCCAAACUCGGAGCUGGUGCAGCGGGUGACGCGAGCCUGCCGCUGACGCGAGUGGGUGGUGUUGAGCCAGUGCGUCAUGACAAGCUCUCGGUUCCGCCUGUUGCCGAAGGCGAGGCUUCCAACCGCGCGAAGAAAGCGAAGAGUGCUGCUGGUUUAUCUCCUGCUGGCCCGAAAGGUGCCGCGCCUGCAAUGGUUGCUGUUGUUUCUGGCAGGCCGAGGAUCGCAGCGGAAGGCACGACUGAGGGCGCGGAAGAAUCUGUUGGCGACGAGGAGGCGGAGGCGAGGGAGGCGCAGAGGAAAUAUCAUGCCGCGCGGGCAGCGGCGAAAGGUGCUGGUCGUGGGGAUGAGGGUGGGGACUCCAAGAGUGCCGAGAUCAAGCAGACGCCAAUGGUCGGUGUCCGUUUUUUCCCAGGCCAAAAAAUCCCCUUCGCGGUGGAGCUUCAUCAUGGUGGCGAGCGCUUCUAUCUCGGCACGUUUUCGCGUGCUGGGCCCGUGCGCUAUCUGUCAGCGGUGGCUCAGACCGUAUGGCACGACCGCGUGCAGAGGUCUGAGUUGGUGCUCACGGAACCGGAGGAGGUGGAAUGGAGCCUCGAUCUCGAUCUCGCCCGAAAGAUGACCGCGGGGCUUUACGCGGUGAUCUUUAUCCGGGAACUGGCCGCGAAUCACAAGAGGAUGUUGAACAUUUUCAAGAGAACUCGCGGAUUUUUGGACUCGAAAGGGAAGCCUACGGUCGAGUCCGCGAUUUGUGCUGCAAUUGGGCUCGAAGCCGCGGAUGACGAACCGGCGGUGAAAGGGAAAGAUCAGAAGUCACUUUACGCGGCCGCGUUGGCGUUCGGUUGUGCUGCCAUGUGGAGCUUCACCUCGGCAUACACUCGCUGGAAUACGACGGGUGGUGCGCAAACGGCCUUUGAGGGGGUUACCGCGGAGCAUCGAUCCGCUCCACUCAAAAGUGCCUCGGCCGCUGCAACGCUGUGUGGCGCGAGCGAGGACGAUUUGUUUUGUUUGAACGCUUGCUGGGCAGACGUGUACGCGACAAUCCGGAAACGCCCUGCUAAUCCGAUGCUGUCCGCGGCUACCGUUGAGAAGAGUGUGCUGAGUGGAUACGCGGCUACGGACAAGAAAGUCCACGUUUGCGUGCCCCUGCUGGUCGAAGUAGUGGCCAAUUGGAACUACGAUGGAUCUGCAUGUCCGGCCUCAAAAGGCGUGGGCCUUUACCUGGACUGCGAGAAAGCCCGUCAGGCCGCGAAGAAGAGGGGGACGCGUGGGAAAGGCAAGAAAGGCGACGCGGGGGAGGUUGGGAGGAAGGGCGAGGAGGGAGAGCGCGAUGACGAGGACGACGACGAAAACGAGCCGAUUAUGUUGGGCGGAUCCGAGAGCAACGAGGAGUUGGCCUGA